UCGAGGAAGGACUGUUGCGGCGAGCGCCUCAGAGGCUGUCUCAAGUUUAAGUAUUUUGCACGUGUCUGGCUACCCUUGCUGCCUUUGUCACUUGAUUUUUCACUUCUCUGGGCGAUGAGCGGCGCAGAGCAGAGUGGCGCCUCCGCCCCCGCUACCGCCCCCGCCGCCGCCGCCGCCACCUCGCCCACCGGCAGCUGCAGCAGCGGCGGCAGUAGCAGCCGCAUACCCGUGGCGCGCGCCAUGCGCCGCAGCCACUCGAUGCGCCUGCGCGGCGAGCAGCAGCGCGCCUGCUUCCCCAUAGCGGAGACCGAGGCGCCCAUCAGGAACCGCAGCAUGUCGGUGAGCGCGACCAGCACGCCGCGCCUGUCGCGCCGCAACCCGCCGGGCGACCGACGCGCCAACACCAGCGCCGGCGCCGCCGCCGCCGCCGACGAGUCGGAGGACGACGCGGACUCGGUGCGCAGCUUCGGCAGCGCCUGCUCCUCCAUGUCGUGCGACCACGCCUACUUCGCGCGCAACGGCACCACGUUUUCCGGCCGGCGCAUGCGCUACGUCGUCCACUGCUCGCCGCACACCGACGACACAGAGGAGUACCUCACGCCCACGCAGCGGGCUUCUCGGCAAAUACGCCGUCUCAAGGCGCUGCUGAACGAGACGAGGAAGGACCUGGAGAGCAAGGACCGCGACAUCCUGCGCCUGACCAAGGAGGUGGUGGAGCUGCGGCUGUUCAAGGCGUCGCUGCAGGCGGCCGAGGACGUGGCGAGCGGCGCGCCGCCCCCGUGCGGCGCCGACAGCAGCGACGACGAGCACGACGCCGCCAACACGGCGUCGGCGUCGGCGUCGCCCGCGCUGCCCACCGGCGCCGCCUGCGGGGACGCCAAAGGGGGCGCGGGGGCGGCCGAGGAGGAGGCGGACAAGGCGGAGCUACCCGGCUCGCUGGCCGACUCGGGCCACUUCGAGGACGUGGGCUCGUCGUCCGGCUUCUCGCUGGGCCGCUCGCCCGCCAAGCUGGACGACCGCGAGGGCGAGCGCACGCGCAUCGUCAACAUGUACGAGCGCCGCCUGGCCGAGCUGCGGCGCGCGCACGUCGACGACGUGCAGGACAUGAAGCAGCGCCACAACGACAAGGUCGAGGACCUGCUGCAGCGCCUCUCCGACACCAACUCCAGGUAUUGUGAACUACGAACUGAAUAUGAUAAAGCGCAGGAUAAGAUCAGAGAACUGGAGAGGGAAACAGAGAGCCUGCGCAAAAGCAUGGAGGAGCAUGAAGAGAGGAAUAAAAAUAUGUAUUUGAAAAUGUACAUGAAGGGACAAGAGGCUGCCAAGUUUGAGCAUGCAGAUCAGGUACUGGAGUUUGCACAUAAGGCACCAAAUAGGGUGUCAGUUCCAGAAUUAUUAAAACAGUUGCAGACAACAGAAAAUGAGCUGGAACAUAUCAAGGAAGUGGAUCAGCAACAAACAAGCAAUUCAAAGAUACCUUUGCUAAGUGCAAAGGAGGCUGUUACACUGUGGCUACUUGGCACUCGUAAGGCUUUGUAUCGACGCCUUGUGGAGGCACAUGCAAGUAAAGGUGAAAUGGAUCCAGCAAUGACUCUUCAGUUUUUGAAGUCUGCUGUCUACUACUUCCUCACAGACAGGGAAAAUCAUCAAGGUCAUCUUAAUGCGAUUAAAAGCAUUUUAGGUUAUACUGAGUCAGAAAAAAGUAAUAUUGAGAGAGCUUAUAAAGCUUAUUUGAGGAAAUAAGACUUAUUUAAACAAGUUGUGUACUGUAGUAAUUAUUUUGGAAUGAAUCUGUAUAUUUUGCUUCGGUUGUUCUCCAGAAAGAAGUGUAUAUAUAGGAGUAACUUUUUAGAUCUAUAUGUAUCCUGUGCAAAAUGCAUCAAAUGAUAUGUAUAAUAUA